UCUCGCUCUCUCUUUUUUAUCUCUGUGAUGGCGACGAGAUUUGAUACCGGUGAAAGUAUUGGGUCGGGGAAAACUUCGAUUUCUCGGGAUGAAUUUGCAGAAGACUCGCUAAAGAUCGUUUCUUUGCCGCCGGUUGAGAACGACGACUCUGUUGAAGAGAUGAUAAGCCCAAAGAAGCAAGUAAAGUCUUCGCCUUUUACUUCUGUUUUUGAGAAGGAUGGAGAAAUCAUCCAUUCGGAUUCUAUUGACAUUUCUUUCUCCGAAACGACUCUUGAAGAAACCGUGGCGAUGAAUGUGGAGUGUCCUGGAGUAGUAGUAGUCUCUGUACCUGAAAAUGGUUCCACGAUUCUUGAAGAGAAUAAGGUUGGUGAAGAGAUUAAGGAAAGCUCUGAGAUUUCUACUACAGAAGGCGAUCGACUUGGAGAUGAUGUGCUCAAGAUAAAGGAUGUUGUUGAGACUGAUGGGUUCGUCGUAUCUAUCUCUGAUAUGAAAGAAAGUUUGAACUCGGAGAAGAAGGGACAAGAUUCUGAUGGUCAGAGGAUUGUGGAGGCUGAGAAGAUAAUAUUGUUCGCUGAAAUCGGAGAUGGUUCCACGUUUCUUGAAGAGAAUAAGGAACUGCAACAGAUUAAGGAAGUCUCUGAGAUUUCUACAGAAAGUGAUCAAUUUGGAGAUGAUGUGUACAAGAUAGAGGAUGAUUGCGUCGGUUCUAUCUCUGAUAUGAAAGAAAUUUUGAACUCUCAGAAGAAGGGACAAGAUUCUGAUGUUCAAAUACUUUGGGAGACUGAGAAGAAGAAUGAUGGGGACACGCUCGCUAGGGCUUCUGAUAUCCAUAAGAUCGAAAAGAAUGGAAAUGGGUCUAAAGAUCAGCGUGAGAAGGUGGAAAGAGUGAGAGUUAAGGAUAAUGCAUUUGUUGGAAGAUCUGUGAAUAUUGAUUUGGUUGAUGAUACUGCGUUGUUUGAUGUUGUUCCUUUCUACAAGAAAGGUAAAGAUCAUUCUAAGAGACCAGUAACUGCACACACUGAUAAGGAUGCACCAAGAAAGCAUAAGAAAGUUGGAGUAGAGAAACCGAUUGAUAAGGGAAAUGCUUCUAGCAUUGUUGAAAGGAAUGCGUCAACCAAAGUUUCUGACUUUCGUAACAGUGGAGAAAUGAAUGGGAAGCAGUUGCGGAUAAUGUACUCUAGGAACCAAAUGGAGUCGAUGAGGUAUGCCCACAUUGCGAAUCAGAAGAAACUGUGGAGUGACUUGUAUGCUAGACUCCUACCUGAGCUGGUGACUGAGUACGAAGGUUUGAAGAAUCACAAGAGUAUCCUCGGCAAGGAAUUGAUGACUUAACUACUUGAAGAAGACUAUGUUGUAAAAGAGGAGAAAACUGAAGAUAAUGACGAUUACAAUAGCAUUUUGAGGCCUGCGUUUGCUGUGGAUGGAGAACCUGAUUUCGAUUCUGGACCACCAGAAGACGGGAUUGAAUAUUUAAGACGAGUCAGGUGGGAGGCUAAGCGAAUUCCAAAUGUAAAAGUAGCCAAGGUAAGUGGAAGCAAGUACAGAGAGAAAGAGCAAAGUGUUUACAUGCCACAAAUUCCCAGAGCACCUGCAACCGGUGAAGGAAUGGGAGGACUCGUUGCUUUCCGACUUCUCACACAUUCGUCUGGCUUUAAAACAAAAUGGCAACGAGUCUUUAGGAGAUGUACUCAUGGAGAUAUUCAGUAAACGUCCCCACACAAACAUUGAUGAGUCAUUUGGUGGGAUGGUUUCAGAGAUACAAGGAAUGGACUCAGUGACACGGGUAUCAAAGCUGAGAAAGCGGAUAUGUUUGGUGAAAAGGAGAGCGGUUUAGAGAGUAGCGACUGCAAAUGGGUAGUAGCAUUAUGUGCAUCAGUGGACACUCCUCCGGAUGCUGAUACUAGUGCUUGUCUCAGAGCUCUUGUGAGAAAGUGUGCGAGUCUUCGUGCGUUAGAGGUUGGAGUCUUGGAGAUGAACAAGUUAUCAUUAUGGCAAAUAUGCUCAUCACCAUCGCAGGCAGAUAUUUUGGCCAAAUGGAAUGAGAGGAGAAGUGUGUUUACAACAGUUUAAAUUUUAAAUUCAUUAAAAACUAAAAGAAAGAGAGUUCAACAUAAGUCGCCGACAUACAAUCCAGAACGAGAA